AUGACAUCGACAUCGGAUCGGCGUUUAUCGUUUCUCACCCUGACGCAGCCGGAUCGGGCUUUUUGGUUCGUCUUCUGCAAACUUGAUGAGCCCAUUUUCUGGCCUCAGCGUGUCAAAUAUGAUGACCAGGAUGCCAAGGAGUUGGCGCAGGUGUUUGCCGACCACCCGGUCUUGGAGUCCGUCACCUUCGGCAGACUAUGGAGUCGCCGAGAUCGCGGCGUGCUCAUCCUUAUCCAAGAGGGCGUGUUGACGAAAUGGUUCUCUGGCCGCGUGGUGCUGGCAGGCGAUGCCGCUCAUAAGAUGACGCCCAACAUCGGACUAGGCGGGAACACGGGCAUCGAGUCCGUAGUCGCGGCAUGCAACCAGAUAGUGCAAAUGCUGGACCAGACCAAGGGUCGAUUGCCGAGUCUAGAUACCAUUGAGCAUUGCUUCAAGUCCUAUCAGGAUGAGCACCAGGCCAGGGUUGAGAGCAUUGCAAGUCUCUCACGACUCAUCACCCGCGUCCAGGCCUGGGAUACCCCGCCGAUCCGAUGGCUCGCUGAGUGGGUUAUGCCCAUGUUGCCGGACCGGGCUCUUGCUGAUUUCGUGAGCGAGUACAUUCGUGCUGCGCCAAAGCUGGAAUAUGUAUCCACAAUUGACACCCCGACCGGAGCUGUGGCCCCGCGUGGUGUGUAUGCGUCUCACACGGCCAGCCACAGCCGGACCGUGGUGAGAGGAGUUUCGGUGAUACUGACCGAGCUGAAUGAGGAGAAUGUGACACCGACUCAAGCGGGCUUCCCCACUGUUCAGCCAGCCAUCAUCACCAAGGUCAAUGCAACUCCGACAUGCACCAUCGAGACUGUACCGAAAUUCGAGCCCGCGUUCAAGGCUGAAGUCAACUUUGGCGUCGACUGGCUAUCUUUCGAUUCGGACGGUACCCACGGGCGGAUUGAUUUGAGGGGUAUUGCCAAGACGGAGGAAGGCCACUCGAUCGACUUCCGCUAUCAAGGUAUCAUCAAAAUGGCCCCAGAAGUCAAGAAGAUAUUCGGAAUGCAGCCUGACGCGGUCACGGUGCCAUUUGGAUUUGCCACCGGACAACAUCAAUUCCUUGUGGCUGAUCCGGCGCUUAAGAAAUUGGAAAACGGCGUUUUCGUCAUCAACGGCCGCAUCGUUGUACACGAGAAGGGCUUGACAGUGGAGACGAGACAGUCGCUGGUGAUUGCAGCCACCGUCAUGGACUGA